AUGGCUCACCGAAAUCGCCUCGCAGACGCCCACGUCCUUGUCUUCGGCGGCACUUCAGGGAUCGGCUAUGCCAUCGCCAACAUGGCCCUCGCAUCCGGCGCACUCGUAACGAUCUCUGGAUCUGGCCAAACCAAAGUCGACAAAAAAGUCGAGAUGCUGCGAUCUCUAUACCCAAGCAUACCAGACUCCAAUGUAGCAGGCAUCGCCGUCGACCUUAUGGACAAAGAGAACUUGGAGUUCAACUUGAAGGCUAUGCUGGACAAAGUGACCGAGGACGGCGAGAAGAAGAUCGAUCAUAUCGCGUUCACAGCCGGCAAUCCGCUCUCGCUGCCCAAAGUUGCGGAGAUCGACGUGAAUACCCUGAUGGAAGGCUUCACAGUUCGCUUUCUCGCCCCGUGUGCCUUGGCCAAACUCAUUACGACGGGCGAUUACAUGCCCAAAAGCUCCAACAGUUCUAUCACACUCACAGGCGGCACAAACACGCAUCGCCCAAUGCCGAACUGGACCCUAGGCGCAGCGGUCGGCGCCUCAGUUGAGGGCUUGACGCGCGGUCUGGCGGUGGACAUGGUUCCCAUUCGCACGAAUAUCGUCCAUCCCGGCGCGAUCCAAACAGAGUUGUUCCAUGAUUUCUUCAAAAGCGCUCCCCCUGAGAUGAUGGAGAAGAUGAAGAAGGGGAGCAGCCUGACGGGGGAGUUAGGGCGCCCGGAAGAUAUAGCGGAGGCAUAUGGCUGGGUCAUGAAGGAUCGGUUCGCGAACGGGACGCAGGUGAAUAGCGACGGCGGGCGAUUGUUGGAGAACGGGGUCCUGAGCCUGGAGGAUACGCCCGGCGAGAUCAAGAAGAUCAUUGACCAGAAUGACACGCAGUCCCCGCUGCUGAAGCUCCCAGCAGAGAUCCGCAACCGCAUCGCAAGACUCGCUUGCGAGACAGAAACUGGUUUGGUGUGGUUUCUCGAUGACAAUGGCCAUAUUGUCACCUCUUCAAAGUUCCGCGAAGCGGUUUCCGCAAACCCUUUGAAUGCGGUUUGCAAGAUGCUGCGCGCGGAGACAAAGUGGCUGGAGAUCAAGAUGCACAAGAUCAAGGUAGAGAGCCAAGCUUUUGUGCGAAUGCACACCGACAAAGACCUCCGAUUGAGGCAAAUCAAAUGCGGCAUCGAGAUAGCGAUCAUUCACCAAGGUGAAUUCAUGAUAGAGAAUCGCCGGCGUCAAGCCAUCUUCGAAUAUGCCAAAGCAAACCCCGACAUCAAGAUCGUGGUGCGCAUCACCAAUUGGAAAGUUGCUUCGGCAAUGAUACCACUCCAGUACUUUGUCUGCCUGGGAUGGGUAAUGGAAAAGACCCUACGGGGCAAAAAGAGGAGUUUUACCGGUUGCAUGAAGGCCUUUGCAAGCUGGGAGAAUGGAAAGGCAAAAGAAGACCUCGAUCUGCCAAAUCUGAGGUUCUUCCCCAGCAUGGUGUUCUUUGGCGAAGACACGUUCCGCCGCAACAUGAACAAUGGCGAGGAGCGAACGUUUGUCAAGAAGCUUCUCAAGCAGUAUGGGAGUGAAGAUGCGGUGGUGGAGGCGAUGAACGUCUGGUUUGAGGAGGGUAUAUAG